AUGCAAUAACGACCAAUAAUUAAUAAAGACCUGCAAGAAAAAAGAGAUAAUGCAGCAAGGUCUUUGCACAGUUAUAAAAAGAGUGUAGAACUCAAUUAUUAAGAGUAUGUCUCCUAAACAUCUGAAUAAUAAAUGAAUGACUUUGAAAGUCUUUCGAAACCUUCCGUGAAGAGUAUGCCUGUUAAGACAAGAGAUUUGUUGAAUAAAUACAAAGCGCAACUUGAAAUUCAGCCCAAAUUUUAAGUAUUGCCAAAACCAAGUCCACAAUAAGAAGUCAAGAAAAAUGCAGAACUUGAAGAACAUUAAUAAAGUGUUUCAUCUCCUCGCUCAGAGCCCCCUAAAAAUCCUUUUGAAGAUACUCGUAAGACUAAGCAAGAAGAGCAGAAUAUGUCUUUUAGCAGAUAGCAGGAAGUUAAAUUGCCUGAAAGUCAAAUUUAGGAAGAACUUGUAUAAACUGAUUAAGAGGGCUAGAAGAAUCCCUUUGAAAGCUCAAGUGUAAUGCAGUAUACUUAAACAUAAAUGCUUGAUCCUUAUGCGAAGACUGUUUCUGAUAGAAAUUAGAUAAGUCAUUACACAAGCUAAGAAAGUAGCAAUAUUUAGAAUUUAAGUUAAACAUAAGAAAAAUCAAUAGAUUCAGAAUAAUUCUAUGAUACCAUAGAAGAGCAAGGGCAAUUUUAAUAAUCAGGUAAAGUUACUAUGGGUACUCAGUGUUAAAAAUUUGAUCAUAACUAUUAGCAAUCAUCAAGAACUUAUAAUAGUAUUAAGGAAGAGAUUCAAGAUGAAGCUAGUAGUGUUACUCAUUCGUCUCAUCAAGAAGAGAAGGCUCAUUAUCAAUCAAAUUAAAGUCCAAUUUAUGAAAGCAUUGAUUAGGAGUCAUAAUUAGUAGAAACAACUUAAAGAUGGAGUCAAUAUCAGACGAUUCCAUAAAAUACAGCGUAGUUCAACCCUAAUGUGCAGCCAACAAUUAUAGAGGUGAAAUAAGAAUAUAACAAUUCAUUAUAAACAAAAUAAGAUUCCUCCAAUAAUGAUAUCAGUUAUGGUCAGUCAUUUGAUUAGGCCCAAUAAUCUAAUUAGUACAACAACCAUUAAGGGAAUUCUAAACUUACAGAUAAGGAUACAUCAAAAGAUGGAAUUACAGUCAAUAAUCAUAAUAUCAUUAAGAAACUAUCGUAGGAAUUAGUAAUUGAUAUGGAAAAGUUUGAAAAAAAUAGCCAUUUAUUGAAUAGUAUCAACAAAACUCAAUUAUUGUUUAUUGCCGAAAGAUAUUUCGAUUAUAUGAUUGGGUAAUUAAAUCGAGAUUUGUUGAAAGAGUUUCGAUUAUUGAAGAAGUUACAAUAAUAUAUCUAGAAGAAAGAUAUUUGUAUUUUGAAGAAGUGCAUGAAGCAAUUUAAGAUAAAUAAGGAUAAAUAAUUGGAGAAAUAUGAGAAGGAUAGAAUUUCAAGAUAGUUUAGAUUUUAGAAAUAGAAAAAGUUGAAAGAUAAUGUAUUCCAAACACUAAAACAAAAUUAAAUAGCUUAGCAAUAGUUUCUUUAGAGUUUGAUUAAAUUAAUGAACAAUCAUAAGUAGAAAGUGUUUCUGAAUAGAUGGAAGAAUUAAGUAUAUAAACAGAAAAUGAAGAAAUAAAUGGAUCUUUAAUAUAAGCAAUUUUUAUUUAAUGGUUGGUUCAAUGUAGCUAAAAGGGAGAAGAAAUAAAAGGAUAUAAAGUCUUUGACAAAAUUCUAUUUCUCAACAAUGAAGAGAUAUUAUUAUACUUGGAAAUAUUUCACUUAUGAAUAAUAGAGACUCAAAUGUAAAUUUUUGAAUGCGUAUACAAGUGUAAAUUUGAUGAGGAAGAAGUUUAUAAUGUUAUAGUGGAUUAACUUUGUUUAGGAAGCAAAAAGGGAAAAGGAGUUUGAAGCAUAUGCAAAAUAGGCCAAUGAAUACAUUCCUGUUAAGGUAAGUCUAAGACCUCAAAAUAUAAAAAUCUAUAAUAUCAAAUGA